GUCACUGAGCGGCUUCAGCCGGGCUGGUCCUGGAUCAGCGGCGGCUGCAGUGUUGUGGAGGGCAGAGCUCCGCGUGCGCCGUGCGGCUUCUCCUCCCACUCCCUCCCGUCACACUCUCUCUCAGAGCUGGAAGUGCUUGUCAGCGCUAGCAUGCUAUAGCUAACUGCGUUCAGCCAUGGCAGCGGGUGGCUGCUGGAGAUCACAGGAGAAGAGAGGAUGAUACAGCAAACCUCCGACUGAAAACAGACACAGGAUGGAUUCCGCUGUUUAUUCGACAAGCUUUCGAGAAGCGUUAGGACUUGGAUUUUAACGCGUGUGCUGUGGAUUAGUCGCGUCGUUAUUUUAUUAUCUGAACAAUUAGACUAAUAGAGAUAGAUAUGCAGUGCAGUUAAACAGCGGCUGCCCCGGUGUGAUGUCGUAUGAGAACUGUUUGUAUUAGCUCGGUUAGCUAAGCUAGGCUAUAUUAUAUUGCUAGCCAGAGAAGUAGUUAGCUACCGGCGUUGUAUGAUAUCAAAUGUCAGUCUUGAAACUAAUUUUUUUUGUUGUAGUUUAACGUUAUGUGCACGUAAUAAUGUAUUAUAUGUAAAUAUUUCGCUGUUAGCUAAAUUUGCUAAAGUUGCUAACCUAUCCUAGCUAACUAGCCAAGCUAAAUAUUGGCUGGUUUUAGUAGAUAGCUUGUGGCUAGGUAAGCUAAGCUAAUAUAAGCUAAGCUAGUUGACUGACAGAGAGGCAGACAGGCGCUAGCUGGCUAGCUCAGGGCUAGCUAGCUAACGCUAACUACAUAGAUUUUAGCUGUGUUAGCUUGCUAAGCAUGCUAGCUAGCUAACUAACUAAAUAUCUGUAGUGGCUAGCUAGUGACCAGGCUGGUUUAAGUUAGCAUUUUGUAAACUGUUAAUGAUUAUAAUGAUUACUAUUAUUAUCCACUUUAUUUUAUUAUAGUUCAGUAUUGUCUUUAGCCUUUCACGGGCGUUUAUUGUGUUUUAUUUUGCGAUUCUCUCUAAUAAAUGGGGGCUGUAUCUACAGUUAGCUAGUUUGCACUGCUAACGACGUCAUUGCAUUGGCUGUCACUGUCUAAGGCUGUGUGCUAGCUAAGACUUUUCUCAGUCUCUGUCUCAACAACGUGGAAAUAGACGAAAUGCACCACUCAGACUCAACAGGAGACUCUCCCGGGACUAGGAAGAUGGCACACGCAUCAGUUUUCACCAGCCGUAGAGGCAGCAACACGGGCAGCAGCACUACUGGUGUCACGUCUGCCUCGUCCACCUCGGCCAGCAUGAACUGUAAUGCUGCUAUCACAACUGACGACCACCUGACUCCAUUGAUAGUGCACCAUCAACCCCCGACUGGAUCAUCAUCCUCCUCCUCCUCCUCUCCAGGCCCCCACCAGCAGCCUCCUCCCCCCCACAGCCUUAAUAUCCACCUCCAGGCUCAGACCCAGACUCUUCAAAGCGCCGGGGCCCAAGUGAAAAAGAAGAGUGGCUUUCAGAUCACAAGCGUCCUGCCAGCACAGGUCAGUGCCAGCACUAACAACAGCAUAGCAGAUGAUACUGAGAGCUAUGAUGAUAUGGAUGAGUCUCAUACAGAGGACCUUUCCUCCUCUGACAUCCUUGACGUGUCUGUGUCACGAGCCACCGACCCAGGAAUUCCUGAGAGAAGCUCUUCUGAAGAAACGCUCAACAGCUUGCAUGGAGGAGAGACUCCAGGAGUGGUUUCACCUAACGAGCCGGUGAUGCAUCACUCCCACUCUCAGUCCUCUCAACAAGGAUACAUGGUGAACGGGACUGUUCAUCACCAUGGUCAUGGCCUCCAUCACCACAGCCACCAGCCUCAUGGACACCAAAAGGAGCAGGGGAGCCAGAGCCAGCCUGUGGCUGCCCCACAACCAGUUCAAGGGCUGUCUGGAUCCUCUGCCACAGGGGCCAGUGUUGCUCCAGCCAAAUCCACCGCUGCCCAGUCUGGUGCUGCUGUGCAGGGUAGACCCCAAGGUAGAGUCCCCUCAGUCCGUGCUGCUGUGGUGGAGGCGAGUGCGACUGGAAGUGGAAUAGCUACUGUGAACCAACAUGUAUCUUCUGUGUCUGCAGGUUCUGUGAGUGGAGCAGCAGGGAUUCCAGGAGGUGGGAGCCUCCCUGCUAGUACAACAGGUGCAGUCAUGGGAAACGUCAUGACUGCUCACGCUACACAGCCUCCUCCACCCACCAACACUACUCCAAAUACAGCUACUGCUGCUGCUUCAACAGCCACUGGAUCUCGUUUCAGGGUUGUGAAGUUGGACUCCAGCUCGGAGCCGUUCCGAAAGGGAAGAUGGACAUGCACAGAGUUUUAUGAGAAAGAGGCUCCUGUCGCAGCACCUUCCACAGAUGCACCACCCACACACAGAGCUGUGGAGAGUGUUGUCCAAUCAGAAACUGAAAGCACGAGUGGUGGUUCUUCGAGCAGCACAAUGAGUGGUGGAGGAGAUCAAGGACCACAGCCUGUCCAGCAGGUCUUUACUCCAGCUGCUAUGCCUGUUCCCAGCCAAGGUAUUCCUCAGCUUCAUACACUUCCCCAGGAUCCUGGGACACAUGCUGUUGUUCCACCUGCUGUAGCUCCAUCUAACAACCCACAAGUUGUUUCAGUCCCAGGUCUGUUGGGAACUACUGAUGGUCAACCUCCCCUUGCCAGACCCCAACAGCAGGUUGCUUACAAUCUAGAAGGUCAAGUAAGCCAAAUGCAGAGUGGCUACACUAUAAAUCAGCAGGCUGCUUUACCUGUGAACCAGGGUUUACAACCUAUAGAUUAUGCCCAGAUUUCACAGGGCAUCCAAGCUACAGCUCAGCCUCAGCAGGUAUCUGUUCCAACACAGAUACCUGGCCUUCCAAUUGGGACUCCAGUGGCUGGCUCUGCUAUAUCUCCAAGGCCCCAAGCUCCAGUUCCAUCAAUGGUCUUGGCACAAGGAAGCACGAUAAGUCAGGCCCAGACACUUCCACCCCACCAAGUACCAUCAGAGCAGCAACAUCAAGCUGCUGUUGGCCAACAACCACAGCCAUCCUCCUCGACUACAGGCCAGACUGCACCCAGUAUCCCUUCCUCGACUCUGCAGAGCAAUCUUCAGCAAGGCCUUCCUCAUUCUCUCCAGCAUGGACACCCUGGUGGCCUCGGCCUGUCGUUUCUCCCCUCUGCAGGAGGCCACUAUGGUGGAAUGGCCCCUCUUACGGCAUCCCAGCUUGAAGAUGCUGGACGGUUGCUCUUCCAGCACCAGUCUUUGCUGUCUCUCCCCCGGCUCGCUACAGGAGGGGUGGCUGGACUCAUUGCACAGACUGCAUCAGAGGCAGGUGUCACACUUGGACAAGAGGGCAUUGCCAGUGGAGAUGCCGGUGCCUUAGCUGCAUCAGCUGGCACAGAAGAGGACAGCUCUUCAGGUGCCAGUGUGGUGGCCAUAGACAACAAAAUUGAGCAAGCCAUGGACCUCGUAAAGAGCCACCUCAUGUAUGCGGUGCGUGAGGAGGUGGAGGUGCUGAAGGAGCAGAUAAAGGAGCUGAUUGAGCGAAACACGCAGCUGGAGCAGGAGAACAACCUGCUGAAAAACCUGGCCAGUCCUGAGCAGCUCGCUCAGUUCCAAGCGCAGGUGCAGACGAGCUCGCCCACCUCCGGUGCCCAGCCAGCGAGCCUGGUCGCUCCAAACGGCCCUCCACCACAGAGCCUGCCCCCCAGUCAGGGCAUGGGUCCCCCUGUCUAACUACCUCCUCGUGGAGCAAUGGAGGGCUGCUGGCCUGAAGUCACAGCUAAACACGUCAGAGCCUGAAAUGAUACUGUGAACGCACUCAAGCAGCAAGAAUGUUCAACAUGCCACAAUCGCAGAGGAAUCUCUAGGAGGAUAUCCUACGAAACAUGGACAUUGCCCAUUUUUGUUCCUUUUCUUUGCACAUUUUACACUGUCACACAUGACGUCUGCGUGCUGCUUGCUGAGAGACAACUCUCAAGAGCUUUACAUGCCUCAGACAAUCAAAACUGACGAGAAACGACUGCAAGUGGACUGAGAACUGAAAGCCGAAAGCUGAACGCUGCAAGCCGCGAGUUGCGAAUGGCGAAUCGUGAAUCAGCGAGAGCUGAAGGAGGAGAGGAUUGGACAAAAGAAAUCUCUGAAGUCUGGGCCUGACGAAUCACCCCCGCAUGCUCAAGGGGCUUCUUCGUGAAACAACGGGAGGGGAGAAGGGUGGGCGUUCUUUUGAGAAGUAUUGUUAAUAAUAUCAGCAGUGAUGGAGAAAUGUGCUGUUGCCAUAUAUUAGCCCAUUUUUGUGAUGUAGGUUAUCAUUAUUAUUAUUAUUUUUUUCAUCUUUUGCCAUUAUUAUGUAUUUUUUUUUCUUAGCUGUGUUAAAUAAAACAGAACAAGCACUUUGUAGGCGAUUAACAUGAAGAGAAAAAAAGAAAAGAAAAGUGGACCAUCUUGUCCCGGGCCUUCAUCUGGAAUGGAGGUUUGAUGAGGGGAAGGAGAGGGGGGAUUUGGGAGUCUUAGGUAAUUUAUCAGAAUUUUUUUUUUUUUGGACAUUAAAUUCCAUUUUCAUUUCUGUCAUUUUUUUUUUCAUGUUUUCAACAGAUUAGCUCAGCCUCAGUGUUCAGACUUGGAUCAUGUCAUUCUUGCCCUUUUAAACUUGUGAUCUGUUUCCUUAAGCAGGGAUACUAAGUAAUUAAAUGGUGUCACUUAAGUGUAUCUGUGUUUAAGAGGCUGGGAAGGGUUUUUUGGGGAGGGUGUUGAGGUCCGCUGAAGAGGUAGUGACAUUUCUAUGGUUUAUUUGUGUGUGUAAAUUAAAUGUAAGUGGACUGUAACAUAAUUAGUAGGAAGAACUGCAGAGUGUACAGAUCAGGUGCAAGCUGAGUUUGUUGCAGUUUGGGGCUGAGCACACCGGAUUUGCCUCUGUCGUCACGAAUCAGAAGCAGCGCACACUCACUUACGACAAGUUAAAGAUCGUAUUCUGUUUCCACUGGCUCAGAAUUCCUGAUGGCAGUUGUCUUAAGUUAUUUCAGUGGGAAUCUUUGCAUCAUUGGAAAACUUGUUUUUUUGCCUUACAGUUAUGCACUCUCUGGAUGUACCACAAGCAGUUUGGCCAACACAAAUCAUAGACCCAUAAGUGUCGAAUCCUUUCUUUAAUCUCAUGCAUGUUCCCUCUAAAAAAGAAACAACACAUAUGAGAAAUGUGAUGUAAUACAAUUGCACUAAACAGUUGCACCUCAACUUUAAUAAAAUUGAUUAAAAGUA